GGUGUGUCUCGUGGCAAGUGGUUUUUGCGUACGGUGAACGAUGAAAUUCACGGAUAAGUUCCUCUAUUUCUUCGCGAUAGUCGGCAUCGCGAACGCCGGUGGACCCACCCUUGUUUUACUCGAUAAUUUAGCCAUCAAAGAAACGCAUUCCAUAUUCUUCAAGACGUUACAAGAUAGUGGAUACACAUUGACAUUCAAAUUAGCAGAUGAUGCUAAUCUGCAGCUGGCCAAGUACAGAGAAUAUCUGUACGAACAUUUGAUCAUAUUCGCACCGACCGUGGAAGAAUUCGGCGGCGCUUUGAGCGUGGAAGCAGUGACCGAUUUCAUCGAUGGCGGUGGUAACGUUUUGGUCGCCGGUUCCUCUCAGACCGGGGACGCGUUGCACGAGCUGGCAUCCGAAUGUGGCUUCGAGAUCGAUGAGGACGGUUCUGCGGUCAUAGAUCAUUUGAAUUAUGACAUUUCCGACAAUGGAUACCACACCAAAAUAGUCGCAGAUUCAUCGAACCUGAUCGAUGCGCCUGUAAUCGUUGGAAACAAGAACGUGGAACCUUUGCUUUAUCAGGGGACCGGUAUAGUUGCGGAAGUAGACAAUCCGUUAAUCCUACGUCUGCUGACAGCGUCUAGUUCAGCGUACUCGUACAAUCCUCAGAAUCCUAUAAAGGAUUACCCUCAUGCGGUCGGGAAGAACACGCUGCUGAUCGCAGCUCUUCAAGCCAGAAACAAUGCUCGAGUCGUAUUCUCUGGCUCGUUGUACUUCUUCAGUGAUGAAGCUUUUACCAGUCCUAUUCAGAAGGCUCAAGGCGGCCAGAAUUACGAAAAGUCUGGAAACGAAGCUGUUGCAACAACAAUUGCCCGGUGGGUGUUUAAAGAGAACGGCGUGAUACGUGUUUCGUCGGUUCACCAUCACCGAGUUGGAGAGACUGAACCACCGGCAGCUUACACAAUCAUGGAUGACGUUGUCUAUUCGAUCGAUGUUCAGAAACUUUCCGGGGAUAAAUGGAUCCCAUACGAAGCGAACGAUCUGCAGUUGGAGUUCGUUCGAAUCGAUCCGUUUGUCCGUAUGACGAUGAAACCGGUAGGAAACGGCCGUUACGAGGCGAGAUUCAAAAUCCCGGAUGUAUACGGGGUGUACCAGUUCAAAGUAGACUACACUCGUAUCGGUUUGACCCAUCUGUACAGUACAACGCAAGUGUCUGUCCGUCCUUUGCAACACACCCAGUACGAACGCUUUAUACCGAGUGCAUUCCCAUACUACGUGAGCGCGUUCUCGAUGAUGGGUGGCGUAUUUUUAUUCUCCCUUGUGUUCCUCCACUAUAAGGAGGACACGAAACCAAAGUCUGAAUAAAUUCCUUGUAGUUUGUUAAGAGUUCAUAAAUGUACGGGUCAUCGCAAAAGUCUUGACGAAGAUCGUUUCAAUGAUGGAGGAAGUGUCGUUGAAAAUAACGGUGAUCGUGUAAUUGAUUAGGAAAGAGUAUUCCGUAUUGAUUCGUUUUUGUUUUAAGAUCGUAUCAACACUAUUGCGAUGACAGAAUAAUUUACAGUCAGCUAAACACGAAUGUAAUACAGUAGUGUCUCGAUGAGUGCGACAACUCCACUUGGGAGCAUUCAUGGCAAGGCGGGAAGGUUUUCAGCCU